AAUGGAUCCAAUCACGACCGAGAACUCUGACACACCUGAGGCGGAGAAUUGCACCGGGGUCACUUCUAUGGCAGAAUGGCAGUCUGCGGUGUGCUAUUGUGACUGUGACCAGCCACCUAUCAUUGUGGAGCCCGAAUAUCUUGUACUGACCACUGAUGAGAAGGUGGAGAAAAUCGUGGAGGAGCUGUUCGUUGACCCGGCCAACACGUCUGCUGCCCAGAGGAAGUUGAUCAGCGCAGACGACACCAGGCCCAGUGCCCGCAGUAUUGGCGCGCUCGGCAUCACCAUGAUGGUGCUAGGUUUGUCAGUCAGCCUUCCAGUCUGUUUGUUUGUUUGUUUGUUUGUUUGUGUGAUUGUUUACUUGUCUGUUUGUUUGGUUAUUUGUCCGAUUGUUUGCUUUUUUGAAUGUCAGUGCACACGUCUGUGGUUCUGUAUAUUUCAACCUGUUCAUAGAUUUGUCAAUAUCGACUGCAUAGUGUAAACUCUUCAAUACACCAUCUCGAAAAGUGCUCGUAUGAGACAGUCUAACACUGAGCAGUCGAUAUGCUCAUUCGUUUACUACAAGUGGUGGGGUUGGAAACUGAACUACCUUGAAUGACCUUUUAAAGCGAACAAUUACAUCUAGUUUUAUGGAUAACACAGGUCGGCUACAUAUUUCUAAUGAAAAAAAAAACCCAGUCGAAAUCUGUACAAAACGACCGUGUACCCGUUGCCAAGGAAAAUAUCGGUCAUCUUAGACAGGUGGUCCUCUUGAACAGUUUCAUUAUAAUACAUGAAAAUGAAUAGGAAAAAUAUGUAUGGGAUUGAAGAGAGAAAUGGUCAUUUAUAAAGGUUGUCUUGGACAAAUGAUUGUUAGAGCAGGUUCGAUUGUAUUAUCUUCUAAACUGUUCUUUUGCUAGUGCGAUAUUAGGGUUACGCGAAUCUACUUUUAAAACUUCUCAGCUAGAUCCAUGAUACUCUGUACAAAAAGAAAUAAAUUAUGUUGCCCAGAGGAAGUUGAUCAGCGCAGACGACACCAGGCCCAGCGCCCGCAGUAUUGACGCGCUCGACAUCACCACCAUGGUGUUGGGUGUGUCAGUCAGACUUUCUGUCUGUCUGUCUGUUUGUUUGUUUGUUUGCUUGUUUGCUUAUUUAUAUGUCAGAACACACAUCUGUGGUUUUGUUUGUGUCAUCCUGUUCAUGCAUUUCGCCACCCUAGGGUUAAAAUGUUCUA